AUGAAGUUCGCCGGAAUCGCCCUUAGCGCCGUGGUGGUGGUCGUAGGACUCCUUCCAGCAGGGACCCGGGCCUUCCCCCUCACCCCCUACGCCCCUAGAGUCGUGAUCCCGAUCCUGAAGGACGACCGCUCGCAGGACGCCUACGGGGGCUACUCCUUCUCCUACGGCACAGGCAACGGCAUCUACAGGGACGAGGUCGGCCGACAGAACUACGGCCAGGUCACGCAGGGAGGCUGGAGCUACACCUCCCCCGAGGGCGUCCCGGUCAAGAUCACCUUCGCGGCCGACCAGGGGGGGUACCAGCCUUCCGGCAACGUGCUCCCCGUGGCCCCCGCACUCCCCUACUCCAGGACGCAAGUCUACUGA